UGCUUGACUAAUCUUUUUUACAGGUUGAGCAUGUUGGGUCGACUGAUUUAGUUUUACCUGCCUGCCUGAUAGCAAGACGACACUUAUCUGAAAGUGAAGUUUACCUCGACACACCCGCUUGGUUUUCACCUGCGUGUGUGUCUGUGUGACCACUAAUGAAAACUGGGCGAGACGGUUUGUUUGGGCCUUGGAUAAAUAAUUAACCAGACAACUCAAGCCGCAGUUUCAAGAGCUGACAUGAGGAGUUGACGCAAAGCAAGAGCGGAGUGCGCCUCUAUCGCCAGCCUGUUACCUGAGCGAAAACAACAGGCUCGCAGGUGUUUUUGUUUGUUUGUUUUAAAAUUUUCUUUAUAUUUUUAAUGCCAUUUGAACUGGAUACACUUCAUUGUAAUAAUGCUGGGAGCGGAGAGCAGAUUGGAAAGCCGGCUGAAGAAGCUGGAGUCCCUGAUAAGGAAUCCACAGUCGGCACUAAACUUGGCAACCCUGCUGGAUUCCAUGAAUGCACUGGUCAAUGACUUGAAUUACCCCCCCUUACGGAAAAACAAAAACAUAGAGUCCUUUCUGAACCGAUAUAAAGACUUAGUGAGUGAGCUGCGAGAACUUCAGAUGAAGCUUGAUGACUUUGAGAAAGUCAAGCUGAUCGGAAAAGGAGCUUAUGGACAAGUGCAGCUGGUCCGUCACAAGGCCUCUAAGAAGGUUUAUGCCAUGAAGCAGCUCAGCAAGUUUGAGAUGAUCAAAAGGUCAGAUUCGGCCUUCUUCUGGGAGGAGAGACACAUCAUGGCCUUCUCCAACAGCCCCUGGGUCGUCCAGCUAUGCUGUGCUUUCCAAGAUGAUCGGCACCUUUAUAUGGUGAUGGAAUUCAUGCCCGGAGGAGACCUGGUCACACUCACCAUGAACUACGACAUCCCUGAGAAAUGGGCUCGCUUCUACACGGCAGAAGUAGUGCUGGGGCUAGACGCCAUCCACUCGAUGGGCUUCAUCCACCGCGACAUUAAGCCUGACAACAUGCUGCUGGACCAACACGGACACCUCAAACUGGCUGACUUUGGCACAUGCAUGAAGAUGGACUCGACAGGUAUGGUGAAAUGUGACACAGCUGUAGGCACACCAGACUACAUCUCCCCCGAGGUUCUCCAGUCUCAGGGGGGUGAUGACUACUAUGGCCGGGAGUGUGACUGGUGGUCUGUAGGAGUAUUUCUCUUUGAAUUGCUAGUUGGUGAAACUCCUUUCUAUGCCGAGUCCCUUAUCGGAACGUACGGAAAGAUUAUGAACCACCAGAACUCGCUCGUAUUCCCAGAUGAUGUAGAGAUGUCUCAAAAUGCCAAAGAUCUCAUCUGUGCCUUCCUUACUGACAGGAAGGUUCGUCUGGGCCGCACCGGAGUGGACGAGAUAAAAUGUCACCCCUUCUUUAAGAACAACCAGUGGACCUUUGACAACAUCCGUGACACUGUGGCCCCAGUUGUGCCAGAGCUGAAAGGUGACAUAGACACCAGUAACUUCGAUGACAUAGAGGUUGAGAAAGGAGAUGUUGAGACCUUUCCUCCACCCAAAGCCUUUGUUGGCAACCAGCUACCAUUUAUUGGUUUCACCUACUUCAAGGAGGAUCAGCUGCUAAAGGGAAGUAAAAGCAGUUCUGCAAAAGAUUCAGAGGACUGUGAGGAAAUCUCAGAGGACAAGGAGAAUUGUUCAGACAAUAAGAAAGAGCUGCAGAAAAAGGUUUCCCAACUGGAAGAGAAGCUCGACAAUGAGAUGCAGGCCAAAGAUGAGCUGGAGCAAAAGUGCAGAAAUGCUACCAACCGUUUAGACAAACUCGUCAAAGAAUUAGACAAGGAGAUGAACAGCAGGCAGAAAGUCGAGGCCUCACUGAGGCAGCUGGAGAGAGAGAGAGCUCUGCUGCAGCACCAGAGUGCUGAGAAUCUGCGCAAGGUGGAGAUCGAAACUGACAGGAAACGCAGCCUGGAGAACGAGUUGAACAACCUGAGGGACCAGCUAGAGGAUCUGAGGAAGAAGAACCAGAAUUCACACAUCUCAAAUGAGAAGAACAUCCAGCUGCAAAAACAACUUGAGGACGUCAAUGCUGUGCUUCAGGCUGAGCAAGAGGCUGUAGCGCGGUUAAAGAAGAGUCAGGCGGAGGUGCAGAAACAAGCCCAGAGCCUGGAGGUUAGCCUCGGGGAGAUGCAGGAAAAGUGCAGCCAGCUUGAAAACAGCAAGAUGGAGCUGGAGAAGCAGCUGAGGGGGCUGCAGGCCGAACUGGAGGAGGAGAGGAGAGGCCGCAACAUGGGGACAGAAACUAUUAAUGACCUACAGGGACGCAUCUCAGGGCUGGAAGAAGAGGUGAAAGAAGUGAAGUCAUCUCUUUCCAAGGUCCAGACUGAAAAAAAGGAGCUACAGGAGAAGCUCAGUGAGCUUGAGAAGAAAAAGAGCAACCAAGAGAUCGACCUUACGUUCAAGCUGAAGUCCCUGCAGCAGAGUCUGGAGCAGGAGGAGGUAGAGCACAAGGCCACCAAAGCUAAGCUUGCUGAUAAAAAGAAGACCGACCAAUCCAUAGAGGAGGCAAAGUCCGAGGCCUUAAAAGAGAUGGAGUGCACCCUGCAGGAGGAGCGCAGCUUGAAGGUGCAGGUGGAGGGAAAGCUGCUGCAGCUAAAAAAGGACUACUCCAUGCUGGACUGUGAUUACAAGCAGGCGGAGAACAAGCUGGAUGAAUUUCAGGCACAGAAGGAGAAACUUUCUGAAGAGGUGUUGCACCUGACCUCACGUCUGGAGGAGGAGAUGCACAAGCGGAGUAUGAGCCAGAGUGAACUGAAGAUGCAAAACCAGCAGGUGUCUGUGCUCCAGUCCUCUGAGAAACAGCUCAAACAGGAACUCAACCAACUGUUAGACAUGAAGCAGAUGCUGGAGAAACAGAACCAGGAACUACGGAGGGAAAAGCAGGAGGCUGAUGGCCAGCUGAAGGAACUGAAGGACCAACUGGAGGCACAGCACUGUUUCACAACCCUUUACAAGACGCAGAUCCGUGAGCUGACGGAUGAGCGUGAUGAGAAGAAUAAGCUGUACGAAGAGGUGCAGCAGCAACUGGCAGAAUACCAGGAAGAAAGGAAGUCACUGACAACCCGGCUGGAAGAAAGCUUGACCAAAGCAGACGCUGAGAAGUUGGCUCGUUCUGUCGUUGAGGACCAGUUCUCCAAUCUGGAGAAAGAAAAGAUCAUGAAGGAGCUAGAGAUCAGCGACAUGAUGAUGAGGCACCAGCAGGAGCUCAGCGAUAAGGAGGCCACCAUCAGCUCGCUGGAAGAGUCCAAUCGUACGCUGACGGUGGAUGUAGCCAACCUGGCCAGUGAGAAGGAAGAACUCAACAACCAGCUGAAAGAAAUGCAACAAAAACUCCAGAAAGCAAAAGAUGAAGAGAACUAUUUCAAAGAGUCCUUUGAUAAGCAGCUGUGCAACGAAAGAACGCUAAAAAUUCAGGCUGUGAACAAACUGGCUGAGGUGAUGAACAGGAGGGAGAAGGUGCGGGGAGGCCACCAAGGCACUGACACCGAGGUGCACAAGAAGGAGAAGGAGAACAGGAAACUGCAGCUGGAGCUGAAAGCAGAGAAGGAGAAAUUCAGCACCGCCAUCGUAAAAUACCAGAACCAGCUGGCUGAAAUGGAGGCGCUGAUGGCAGAAGAGAACCUGAUGCGUCUAGAUCUUCAGAUGACGCUGGACAGUAAAGAGAGCGACAUUGAGCAGCUGCGAUCCCAGAUCGCAUCCCUCAGCAUUCACUCUCUGGACUCCACCAGCAUCAGCAGUGGCAACGACUUAGAUUUAGAAGGAUACCCAGUGCGCAUUACUCACUCUCACACCUCAGAAUCAAUGUCCUUCACCUACCAGCGCACACACAAAUCCGUCUGCAUCGACACUCGGCCAAACCUUCGCUCGGCUCACGCUCUCUUUGGCUCUGACUCUGAGGACGAAGAAGAGCAUGAUGGGCGUCAGGAGCGGGGCCAAACUCCCUUGGCCCUUACCUAUGAACCGUCCUCUGAGCCUGAAACCGAACCUGAACCUAGAGACUCCAGGCUGGAGGGCUGGAUCUCACUUCCUUCCAAGAACACCAAGCGAUUUGGUUGGGACAAAAAAUAUGUGGUGGUGAGCAGUAAGAAGAUCCUGUUCUAUAACAGCGAGGUGGAUCGAGAGCAAGCUAACCCUUUCAUGACCCUGGACCUUGAUAAGCUGUUUCAUGUCCGGCCUGUAACUCAGACUGAUGUGUACCGUGCAGAUGUCAGAGAAAUUCCAAGGAUUUUCCAGAUCCUAUAUGACAAUGAAGGUGAGAGCAAGCGUGAGCAGGAUGCUGGAGCUGAACCCACAAACUCUGGUGAUCGCGCCUCAUACAUCAGCCACAAGGGCCACGAGUUCAUCGUCACCCUCUACCAUUUCCCAUCCAACUGUGAGGUCUGCACCCGGCCUUUGUGGAACGUCUUCAAGCCUCCACCAGCGCUCGAGUGUCGUCGCUGCCACACCAAGUUCCAUAAAGACCACCUGGAUAAAAAAGAAGUUAUUAUACCCUGCAAAGUGAAUUAUGACAUCUCCACGGCCAAAGAACUACUCCUCCUGACCAGCUCUCAGACGGAGCAGAAGCACUGGGUCAGUCACCUCCUUAAGCGCAUCCCGAAACACCCGACACUGAGUCCUCCCCCUGUGGCACGCAAUUCCCCUGAAAAAAUACCCCAUUCCUCUCCACAAGUAUCCCCACGACCUUCGCCCAAGUCCUCUCCUCGCAUGUCCCAUCGAGGCGCUGUAAAGAUCCAAUCCACCCGGCAGCAACCGUCAUCGGGGAAGCCAAGACUGUUUGAGUUUGACCUCAAAGACUGGAGUUGGGCAUUGGAUGAUGACGAUAAUCAUGAUGAUGAUGAUGAUAUGUUCUUCUGAAGAAGGUUAAAGAGGAGGGACAGAGGUUAACCCUGGCUAAUAUUUUCAUCCGUGUGGAGUAAUGGUGGUCUGGAAGCGGUGCCUACGUGUGUUAUGUUUUUUCAGAGAAGACUGUCAAAAAAAAACAAAACACAAAAAGCCCUAAAAAAAACACUAAUACAGACAGAAAACUGGCUGACGUCAUGAGAAAAAGGAUUUAUUUUUUGGUCAUUUUAACAAAAGGAGAAUCAGGACAGUCUUCCCAUUACAGUGACUCAUCCAGUGAAAAGAUGCGACAAUCUUCACGAUUAAACUGCCCUUUUUUCUUUUUAAUAAUCAUAAUUAUGACAAGACUUUAUUUUCUUUUUCUCUUUGCGUUUGUAAAAAGAUUACGCAUGUGUUUGAACAUUUGUAUAUACGAUAAAUAUCUAUAUCUGUGUAUCGUAGCACAUAACGUGAAGCUAAUAGUAUAUAUGAUUGUUUUGUUUCUAUGACCACAUCACACACUAUAUAUGGUUGUCCUGUAAAUGUAUUAAAACGGUUUUAUGGCUUCUUUUUGAGUUAAAAAUUAGCCUUUUAUAAGUACAUCUGUUAUAACAUGCGAGAGAUCAAUGUGAACUCAACUGAAACAAUGUUGUUGUUUUUCUUGCGCUUCAUGACAAUUAUUGAUUGUUCAUAUAUGUUUAAAAUCCCAUGUGUAGAAUUUUUGGGGUGAUACAUUAAAAAAAAUGUAAAAAAUCAAGACUUAAGCAUUUCAAUUAGUGCCUCUGGUGAUCGUAUUUGUUUGUUGUGCAUGCCUAUUAUUUAAGUUUUUGAAAUUUGUAGAGAGUGCAUCUAAAGCAUUGGCGAUAUACAGCCUCUGCCUGAUUGGGUCUAAAAGGAAGUGAUUUAUAUCAAUUAACGUGGUGUAUGAAACAAAACAUGGAAACAAGGGCUAGUACAUGGUCUCUCAACCCAUAUCUAACAUGUGACUGUUUUUGAGUUGUUAGUGUUAAUAUCAAUGAAAAAGCAGUUUAUUCUGUAUCAUAUUGGUAAACAACAAAACAGUACCAAAUAAUUAUGUUAUACUACAGCUAUGAGUGUAUUUAAAGUGACCAUUUGUAUUACACCAGUAUAGGUGUCUCACUACAGUAUGUGGUGGUGAGCAGUAAAAAGCUCCUGUUCUAUAACACUGAGCUGGAUCGAGAGAAAGCAAACCUCUUCAUGACCCCGGACAAUGAGUGAGUCAUUAAAAGCAGCGUUCAAAAAUGUUGACUAAAUGAGAAGUACUUUGUGUACCUCAUGAUGCAAAAUACUGAACAAAUGAAAAUUCUAGCAAGGCUCAACGGGAAAAGCUUUGGAAUCUGCAAAUGGGUUUUAAUUUCCAUAGGUUUUACACAAAAACAUUCACAAUCCAUCCAGUACAGUUUUACCAAAUGCAACUUUGUCUAAAAUGUAGAGCAUUAUCCCAAAUUUUUAUUGUUUCUACUUUUCAGACCUUCCUGCAUUGCAGGAAAUACCCUUUUUUGGUUUUUUAAGGAUCCGCUUCUAUCAACCAAAGCAGGUGAACCUGUCAUCAUCUUUUCCAUCUUAUGUAUGGAGCAUGAAGAGUUAUAGCAAAGUCAAAGCUGUGCAGGUUUUGGUGGAAUAUAAUAGAAACGGCUGUAGAUAAAAUCUGCUGCAAUAAAGGCCAUGAAACUGCUUAUAACUGCACAAAGUCGUUGGAAGAUGAGUAAUUUUUCACUUUCCCACAGGAUAGAAUAUGAUGUGCCCGUCUAUGUAUAUGCACAUUUUCCUCCUGUAACCCAAGAGUUAUGCAACAGUUACUUGAAUAGAAAUAUGAUAUGAACGCAUGAAUGUGAGUUGCUCUUAUAUUUGUUGUAAAAGGAAUCUGGGAAAAUUACAUCCAUAUAAAAUGUUUUGUCCUUCAAUUCAUUCAAAAUUUUAACCUUUCUCUAACAUUUACUUCUGAUUACUCUCAUCUAGGAACUGUUUGGAAAUUUUUGGUUUUAGUUAAUCAUGUUGAAAAAAAUUUAUGAUUCAGUUGGUAAUGAAAUAAAUAAUCUCAACUGGCUUGAUUUGCCAAUUAAUGGCAUUUUCUUUACAAUAUUUUUAAAUCAUUCUAUACCUAAAGUAAAUAUCUUGCUAGGCUAGCACUAGACUUAACUUCUCCAU